CAACGGCCCCACUUGUGUCUAAAGGCCUUGGCGUUCCAUUCUCCAACUGUGUUGCGACCGCAACUUUGAACCAACUCUAGACCAUUGCCAACAUCACCUAGAUCGCCUCCCGUUUUCGAUCUUUGCCCUCCCUACCAAAUUGCCCAGCAUGGAACGUAUUCUCGACCGCAGCCUUGACGAGAUCCUUGCCGACCGCAAGCAGAACAACAGAGGAGGCAAUCGGGGAAACCGCGGCGGCAACAGCAGCAAUUCCCGGGACGGUCGUCUCCGUAGGCGCGACAACAACAACAACAACAACAACGACAAUCGGUCGGAUUAUCCCAGGGAUGGCGUAAGAAAGUCCUUCAGAGACGAAGCGCCUCGCAACCUCGACACAUAUUUCGACCCAUCGGCCCUGGUUAAGACACAGGCCGGAAAAUUGACGGAUUCCGCAGCGAAUGGGUUCAUGACAGAUAUGAGGAUCAUGGGAGCCGCCGAUCUGCUCCGAGAAGACGAAACUCGAACGAGUACUCUGGGUAUGGCAGGAUACCAUGGAGUGUUCUAUUUUCAUGUACGCGACUCGAGAGGCAGCAAGAUCCGUGUGGAUAAUAUCCACUAUGAGUUGACGCAAGAGGAGUUGGAGGGACUCUUUUCCAGCAUUGGCCCUCUCGUCAAGUUGGAGAUGAAGUAUGACCGCGCCGGCCGCUCAGAGGGUACAGCGUUUGUCACGUACCAGUCAUCCCACGACGCUGCACAGGCGAUCAAGGAGUUUGACGGUGCCAACGCUGCCGGCCAACCAAUCCGCCUUGCCAUGAUGCCUACGGGUCCAAGGCGCAACCCAUUUGAUACUGCGAUCAACCCGCGCCCGCUUGCCGAGCGUAUCACAGUCCCGAGCGGCAGAUCCCGCUCGCUUUCGCCCCAUCGCCAGUCUGAUGAGGAGGCCGCUCGCAAGGGCAUCGAUAGAUACCGACCUGGCGCCAGUCGUUCGCGCAGCCCUAUGCCCCCGAGACGUCGUGAAGGAGGUGGAGGUGGCCGGAGACAGGGCGGGGGUGGCCGUCGGGAGCGUGGAGGUGGUAAACGUGACGACGGCGGGCGUGGCGGUGGUGAGAAGUCUGAGAGACGUCCAAAGAAGACCCAAGAGGAGUUGGACGCCGAGAUGGAGGAUUACUUUGGCGGUGGUGGUGCUCAGCAGAACGAUGCGGCUCCUGCUGCGAAUGGUGCGGCGGCUCAGCAGCAAACUGACGGGGACAUUGACAUGAUUGAGUAG